AUGUCUUUCAAGCGACGAGGCUCGCAGAGUCGUCGUGGCAAGCUACACUGUGUUCCCAGCACUGAAUCCUUCAUGGUGGCCACAAGAAUGUUCAAGUUCCGACUUCUGACAGGAAGCUUGUAUGAGGCGCCCAAGAGUCCGAUCCUCGCUUCGAUCGGGGUCUGGAGCCCUGAGACCAACGAUUACAUUUCUCCUCCUAUGAAUGUGAAGCUGGACAUCGAUGGCUGUACCAUGUACUUCGCCGACAUUCUCAGCUUCGUGCUGGAUGAGGGCCCCCGGCUACGAAAUGCUCAGUUGAGCGUCGAGGUCACAGAAAGGAGGGUUCUCCGACCGAAGUUCAUCGGGAGCUUUAAGAUCCCCUUCGAUGAGUUCUCUUCUUCCAUGCAAGACAUUCAAGACGAAGAUACUUCAGACAAGUGGAUGGAAAUGGGGAUCAGUCCGAAUGCGGUCAGCCUCACUGGGACUCUGAUCAAACCAGGAGGGAAGAAGUCAGCGAGCAACCGAGGGACGAUGAUAUUUCAGGUGGAGCUGCUUCCAUUGACAUUUGCCGUCGAUCUUCAAACGUUCUUCAAAGAGCUUCCCCACAACAUUUGCAACUGGGUAGUGAUGAUGGCAACGCCGGAGGCACAAGCAGCAGUAGAGAGCGAGGACUAUCAAUUGAAGACGAAAGAUGCCGGGAAUGCAACUCCGAGGAGCAACAUUGAGAGGUUCCGCUCGUGUGCGGUGCGGAUGCUUUCACAGGGGAUCACGGGGUUCAAGUUCGGAGAAGCGUCGUAUGCAGACUUGAACAAGAUUAGGAAGGGGACGAAAUCAGCGCUCAGGAUAGGAGAAGGGGGAGGAGCCUCGACGUGUGGAGAGAUUGUAGCGAUCAAUGGAAAUCAGAACAUCAGCUUCUCAACGACUGAUAUCUACGAGCAUCGCCUCAGUUCCUUCCUCAACCAAUUCAAGUCCUCGUCGGCCUCCAUCGCCUGGACGGCGGCGUGCGAAGUGCUGGGGCAGCUGAACCCUUCGGUGAUGGUUGAUCUUGACCUUGAUACCACCGAUUUCGGAAAACUGUCCUCACUGGGAACGCUUUUCCGUAUAGUCAGCGAGCAACUCCUUCACGGCUCGCGGGAAAAACGUGUUGAUGCUCUUCGCGAAUUGGCGAGAGAGGCUCCACAGGCGCUCUGCUCUAUUGCCCUCCAUGUUCCAUACGAUAUCCUUGUCAAGGAGCUGAACGGUGUCAUCUACGACUCAGACAGCUCAGAUCUUUUCAUCAGCGACACGAACUCCGUCGACCACUCAACUGCCAAGAAGAUGGUCAGCGUCAAGGAGAGGUCUUGGCACGGCUCGUCUACUGUUAUACACAUCUCCGGAGAGGCAGACCCUUCCAAACUAGCGGGAUCAGUUUCUGAUUCUGAUCGAAACCUAGGGAACGAAGCAGAGAAAAGCGCCUUCAAGCGAGUGCUCAAGAAAGCAGGGCAACUGAUGUCGCUUCCGAAAAACAUGUCCAGACAGAACUUGUGCGUUAUGGACGAUGACUUCAGUAUCGGGCUAGAAGGAUCUUUCAAAGAGAGUGCGGUGUUGGACCGAACAUGGCACGGCACCAAGAUCACCAAGGAGCAGAUGCAGUCAGGUUCCUACGAGUACUCCGAGGUCCCUCGUCACGGUGCUCUUCGUCUUUCAAACACACAAUACUCCGAACCUCUCGAUCUUGUUCCCAAACACGGCAUGCUCGACGCUCUGCAGUUGCUAAGCGGAGUUCUCGGGCGAGAGUUCAUCGAAAACUUCACCAUGCCCUGCAUUCAACACCCUGAUGUCGACCAAGUCAAACUGGCGCAGCUGCUGGGGCAGUUGCACUACUCAGCGUCAAACAGCGGAUGCGACGUUGCUAGCGAGAUCCGGGCCAUGCACCUGGACCUGUUGAGCUCCAACGAAGACCCUCAGAUCAAGCUCAGUGCCAUCAAGACAAUCGAAGAGAGGUAUAUGGAAGCAGCACUUGCAGUGUUUCGAGGAGGAGAGAUGCACGAUUGGAGCCAUGCGGCAAGGCCCUGGAAGGCGAUGAUCGAAUGUCUCAUCUUCCACGUCUAUCUCUGCGGGUUCCUACCCAGUCUCUGCCGCCUGCUCAUCAACCUCCGCGGAGAAGCUGUAAAAGCGUUGGAAGCGUUUCACCCUGUGAUUCAAGACAUCUUGGAAGUUUGUUCGAGCAUGCCGGGAGACGUGAAAGAGAAUUUCUUGAAUCCGGCCAUUGUUUGCGCCUGGAGUUGGAAUGAUCAGAGAACGUCGAACUUGUCUGUGAAACUUCACUGUCAGCUACCAAUCAUCUUGAGCGUGAUCCCCUCGACAUGGGAGCGAAGGCUUUGUUGGCUUCGAGCAAUGCAGGCUUCUUACAGCGCGUAUCUUGCUCAACGACACGUGGAGCUCCCAGAUGGAGUUUGGAAGGUGUCGGAAGAUGGAAGUUACAUAACAGUCAAGGAGGCUGGGGUGGCCUGGGCGGAGGCGCUGGUAGUGUACAAGUGCAUGUGCGAGGACGAUGAAUCGGACGUUCGCUGGAUGAUGUCUCAUAGCAUUCACCUAUACCCGAACCUCUUCGACGAGGACUGCCUCUCGGUCCUUUGUGAAACGUUUGAGAAGCUGCUGAGGGACGAGGAUCUUGAUGUGGCGGAGGUAGAGGACGGGAACAGUCUUGAAGGGACUCAUGGUUGA